GGAGGCCGGACAUCCCGAGGAGCGCCGUGAAAGAUGGGGGAUGCUGCUGACCCCCGGGAGAUGAGAAAGACGUUCAUUGUUCCAGCCAUCAAGCCCUUUGACCACUAUGAUUUCUCCAGGGCCAAAAUCGCCUGCAAUCUGGCCUGGCUGGUGGCCAAAGCCUUUGGGACAGAAAAUGUGCCAGAGGAACUUCGAGAACCAUUUUACACAGAUCAGUAUGACCAGGAACACAUCAAGCCACCUGUCGUUAAUUUGCUUCUGUCGGCCGAGCUGUACUGUCGUGCUGGGAGUCUCAUUCUCAAGAGCGACGCUGCAAAACCCCUUUUGGGCCAUGAUGCUGUAAUCCAGGCUUUAGCUCACAAAGGUCUUUAUGUCACUGACCAGGAAAAACUGGUAACCGAACGGGAUCUCCACAAGAAACCCAUACAGAUGAGUGCACAUUUGGCCAUGAUAGAUACCUUGAUGAUGGCUUACACUGUAGAAAUGGUCAGUAUAGAAAAAGUGAUUGCGUGUGCUCAGCAGUAUUCAGCUUUUUUCCAAGCGACGGAUCUGCCCUAUGAUAUUGAGGAUGCUGUCAUGUACUGGAUAAAUAAGGUAAAUGAACAUUUGAAAGACAUCAUGGAACAAGAACAGAAAUUGAAAGAACCUCCCACAGUUGAAGCUCCAGGAGGUCAAAAGUCUCCUUCCAAAUGGUUUUGGAAACUGGUUCCAGCUCGUUAUAGGAAAGAGCAAACAUUGCUUAAGCAGCUGCCCUGUGUCCCGUUGGUAGAAAAUUUGUUGAAGGAUGGUACUGAUGGCUGCGCGUUAGCUGCCCUUAUUCAUUUCUAUUGUCCUGGUGUUGUCAGAUUAGAAGAUAUAUGUUUGAAAGAAACUAUGUCUCUGGCCGAUAGCCUGUAUAACCUACAGCUGAUUCAGGAGUUCUGCCAAGAGUACCUGAACCAGUGUUGCCAUUUCACCCUGGAAGAUAUGCUCUAUGCGGCUUCAUCCAUAAAGAGUAACUAUUUGGUGUUCAUGGCAGAACUCUUCUGGUGGUUUGAAGUCGUGAAGCCGUCAUUCGUGCAGCCACGCGUUGUUCGUCCACAGGGAGCUGAGCCUGUGAAAGACACACCGUCAGUGCCCGUCCUGAAUGCUGCCAGAAGAAACGUCCUGGCUAGUUCCUGCAGCUCUGACUUCUCCUCCAGUGGGGAAGGAGCUCCAUUUACCCAGUCUUAUCAUCGCUUGCCUUCUAGACAUUCACGCCCCCAAGCCCAUUCUUCAGCCUCAGGAGGAAUUAGAAGAUCUUCAUCUAUGUCUUACGUUGAUGGUUUCAUAGGGACAUGGCCCAAAGAGAAAAGAUCGUCAGUACAUGGUGUUUCAUUUGAUAUUUCUUUUGAUAAAGAAGAUGGUGUACAGAGAUCCACUCCAAACCGAGGAAUCAUUCGUUCUAUUAGUAAUGAAGGACUUGCACUGAACAACAAUCGUGUAUCUAAACACAUUAGGAAAAAUUUAUCCUUUAAGCCAGUAAAUGGAGAAGAGGAAGCAGAAAGCAUUGAAGAAGAACUUAAUAUAGACUCUCACAGUGACCUCAAAUCUUAUGCGCCCCUUAAUACAAAUGAGCUAAAUUCUAAUGAGAAUAUUCAUUACCAGCUUCCAAAUGGAGCUUUACAAAACAGAGUACUUCUCGAUGAGUUUGGCAAUCAGAUCGAGACACCAAGCAUUGAAGAGGCAUUACAAAUAAUUCAUGAUACUGAAAAAUCUCCCCGUACACCUCAGCCAGACCAAAUUGCUAAUGGCUUCUUUCUUCAUAGCCAGGACAUGAGUAUCUUAAAUUCGAAUAUCAAACUGAGUCAGUCCAGCCCUGAUAACAUAACUGACACAAAAGGUGCCUUGAGUCCCGUAACUGACAAUACCGAAGUAGACACUGGAAUCCAUGUUCCUUCAGAAGAUAUUCCUGAAACCAUGGAUGAAGAUUCUUCUUUGCGAGAUUAUACUGUAAGCUUAGACUCUGACAUGGAUGAUGCAUCUAAAUUCCUUCAGGACUACGAUAUACGAACCGGCAACCCCAGAGAGUCUCUGAGUCCGUGUCCAAGCACUGUAAGUACCAAAUCUCAACCAGGCAGCAGUGCUUCUUCUAGUUCUGGAGUUAAAAUGACCAGCUUUGCUGAGCAGAAGUUCAAGAAACUGAACCAUACUGAUGGAAAAAGUAGUGGAAGUAGCUCUCAAAAAACUACACCUGAGGGCUCCGAACUUAAUAUUCCUCAUGUAGUUGCCUGGGCACAAAUUCCAGAAGAAACAGGCCUGCCACAAGGGCGGGACACCACUCAGCUGUUGGCUUCUGAAAUGGUGCACCUUAGGAUGAAACUAGAAGAGAAAAGACGUGCUAUAGAAGCUCAGAAGAAGAAGAUGGAAGCUGCCUUCACUAAACAGAGGCAGAAAAUGGGAAGGACGGCGUUCCUUACAGUAGUGAAAAAGAAAGGGGACGGGAUUUCCCCUCUUCGAGAGGAAGCAGCUGGUGCAGAGGAUGAGAAGAUCUAUACUGACCGAGCAAAAGAAAGGGAGUCGCAGAAACCUGAGGGGCAAAGGAGCAAGUCUCUGGCAGAUAUCAAAGAAAGCAUGGAGAACCCUCCAGCCAAAUGGCUAAAGUCUCCAACCACCCCUGUGGAUCCUGAGAAGCAGUGGAACCUGGCCAGCCCCUCAGAAGAAACCUUGAAUGAAGGAGAGAUUUUGGAAUACACAAAAUCCAUUGAGAAGUUAAACUCAUCUCUGCAUUUUCUACAGCAAGAAAAGCGCCUGUCACUGCAGCAGUAGAUUCUGAUGCAGAUGAGAGAGCAGCAGUCCUGGGUGAUUUCCCCUCCGCAGCCCUCCCCCCAGAAACAAAUCCGAGAUUUUAAAUCCUCUCGGCAGGCAGGCCUGUCCUCCGCCAUGGCACCGUUCUCGUCAGACUCCCCUCGUCCUACUCAUCCAUCUCCACAGUCUUCUAACAGGAAAAGCACAUCUUUUUCUGUGAAAAAUCAGAGGACUCCUAGGCCAAAUGAAUUAAAAAUAACACCUUUGAAUCGAACCUUAACACCCCCUCGGUCUGUGGACAGCCUGCCUCGGUUAAGGAGGUUUUCGCCAAGUCAAGUUCCUAUUCAGACUAGGUCAUUUGUGUGUUUUGGGGAUGAUGGAGAACCUCAGUUAAAGGAGUCCAAACCUAAAGAAGAAGUUAAAAAGGAGGAAUUAGAAUCCAAAGGAACUUUGGAACAGCGUGGACAAAAUCUAGAAGAAAACAUUAAACCUUUUGAGUCAACAGUUUCUGAAGUCCUGUCCCACCCUGUCACAGAGACUGUAUGUCUGACACCAAACGAGGACCAGUUGAAUCAACCCACAGAGCCGCCUCCUAAACCCAUUUUCCCACCCGCUGCUCCUAAAAAUGUUAAUCUGAUUGAAGUUUCCCUCUCAGAUUUGAAACCCCCUGAAAAGACCGAUGUAGCUGUUGAGAAAUCUGAGGGAGAAAGUGAUAAAGAACAAUUUGAUGAUGACCAGAAAGUAUGCUGUGGAUUCUUUUUUAAGGAUGAUCAAAAAGCAGAAAAUGAUAUGGCGAUGAAACGAGCAGCUUUGUUGGAGAAGCGAUUAAGAAGAGAGAAAGAAACUCAGCUUCGGAAGCAGCAGUUGGAAGCAGAGAUGGAGCAUAAGAAAGAGGAAACAAGGCGUAAAACUGAGGAAGAACGUCAGAAGAAAGAAGAUGAGAGAGCACGCAGAGAAUUUAUUAGGCAAGAAUAUAUGAGGCGGAAACAGUUGAAACUAAUGGAAGACAUGGAUACAGUCAUUAAACCCCGUCCUCAAGUAGUAAAACAAAAAAAACAGAGGCCGAAAUCUAUUCACAGAGAUCAUAUUGAAUCCCCCAAAACACCAAUAAAAGGUCCUCCAGUCUCUAGCCUUUCUUUGGCAUCGCUGAACACGGGUGACAAUGAGAGCAUACAUUCAGGCAAGAGGACGCCAAGGUCAGAGUCUGUGGAAGGCUUCUUAUCUCCAAGUCGUUGUGGCAGUCGAAAUGGAGAAAAAGACUGGGAAAAUGCAUCAACAACUUCUUCAGUGGCUUCUGGAACAGAAUACACAGGACCAAAGCUCUACAAGGAACCCAGUGCAAAGUCCAAUAAGCACAUAAUACAAAAUGCUUUAGCUCAUUGCUGUUUGGCUGGAAAAGUAAAUGAAGGUCAGAAGAAAAAAAUACUGGAGGAAAUGGAGAAGUCAGAUGCCAACAACUUCUUAAUCUUAUUUCGGGAUUCAGGCUGCCAGUUCAGAUCUUUGUAUACUUAUUGCCCAGAAACUGAAGAAAUCAAUAAACUGACCGGGAUAGGCCCUAAAUCUAUCACUAAAAAAAUGAUUGAGGGGCUUUACAAAUACAAUUCCGACAGGAAACAGUUUAGCCACAUACCUGCUAAAACUUUAUCUGCCAGUGUGGAUGCAAUUACCAUUCACAGCCAUUUAUGGCAGUCCAAAAGACCAGUAACACCCAAAAAACUUCUACCCACUAAAGCAUAGGAGUGGGAAAUACUGCUUCAGAACAUUCACGGUAAAUUUGCACUUCAUCUUUCCUGCCUAUAGAAAAUCUUUCUAAUUGCCAACAAACUUUUCUUAAUUAAAACUGGACUUUAAGCGCUGUUGUCAUGAACAACUGGAAUGUAAACCACAGUAUUUUGGAAUGCAGAAGAUUCUUAGGUGAUAAGUCCAAGUGAUGAAGGAAGUGUUUUGAUUCACGAAUGGAGAUUUGUGUGUUACCGGUUCCUCUGCUUGGUGUUACAUGCGUUGAAGCACUGAAUUUUCAUGGACACGAGGUGGACUUACGGUCAGAAUAUAGCUAAAUUACAAAUUAUGUGUGUUAUUUGUUGCUUUUUUUUUUUUAACCUUUUAAUGUACAUGCUUGUCUUCAGAUGGUUUAUUUUGCUGUUUUUCUUUUCCUGGAGGUUCAUUCUAAGAUGCUCCACAUUUUGUUUCAUGUGGAGAUCAUGAAAGUAAGACAGAGACCUUCAGAAGUAACUCGCACCUUUGUUCUGAUGUUAAGAGAAACACUAGUGGUUAGCUUUACGAUACUCAUGUUUUAAUGGUAUUAGAGCAUUUGCAAAAAUUAUUCUGCUAAGUAUUUACAAUUCUGUAUUUAUUAUUCACUCAAGUAUUAACAUUUCUCUAUGAAAUAAAAGGAGGUGUUUUAAAGAGCUGCUAGUAGGUUCGCUUUAAACCACACAAGCUUAACCAAGAAAAUGUUACACGAAGUUGCUGAUUAAAUCAGUGCUGUU